UUAUCAAAAUGAAAGUAGAGUCUCGUCGAUGGAAGAUUUAUUGGUCGAAUUUUCUACGUAGGUUCACCGUCGGAAGCUCGGUCGUCGCGAUGAACGCGAUUAAGAAACGUUUGCAAACGCUGAAGAUCGAGAAGGACCUGGCGAUGGACAGGGCCGAUCUGUGCGACCAGCAGGCGAAGGAGGCGAAUCAGCGAGAGGAGAAGCUGAAGGACGAGGUCCGGGAACUGGCGAAGAAACUGGCGCAAAUGGAACGCGACUUGGAACUGAGCAAAGCUCAGUUGGAAAAGUCGAACCGUGAUCUCGAACAGAAGGAGAGGGUCUACAUCGUGACGCAGUCGGAGCUGGCGGUUCUGAACAGAAAGAUGCAGCAAUGCCUGCAGAACUUGGAGAAAUCGGAGGAGCGUCGUUUGACGGCGCAAACCAAGCUGGCACAGGCGACGGAGACGGCGGAGGAUGCGAAACGUAUCUGCAAAGUUUUGGAGAACAGAAGCAAACAGGACGAGGAGAGGAUGGAUCAGUUGAUGGCGCAGCUGAAAGAGGCGAGGCUGAUCGCCGAGGACGCCGAUACGAAAUCGGACGAGAUCUCGAGGAAAUUGGCUUUCGUCGAGGACGAAUUAGAAGCGGCUGAAGAAAGAGUAAAGUCGAGCGAGGCAAAGAUAAUGGAACGGGAGGACGAAUUGUUCAUUGUUGGCAACAUACUGAAGUCUUUAGAAGUGUCCGAGGAGAAGGCUAACCAAAGGGUGGAGGAAUUUAAAGCACAACUGAAAGAUCUGAAGGUAAAGUUGAAGGCUGCUGAGAAAAGAGCCGUCAUCGCCGAGAAGAUGGUCAAAGUGUUCUCGAAAGAGUUGGACGCGAGAGAAGACUUUCUAUUCAGAGAAAAGGAGAAGUACAAAUACAUCUGCGACGACAUGGACUCUACGUUCGCCGAACUCACUGGAUAUUAGUCGAACUCUUGUAACAUCGAACAUCGGCCAUUUUCCAUGUCAGUGUAUCCGUAUUGUUUCUUUUCUAUUAAAAAACCACGCUCCAACUUA